CGGUACAGAAAAAAAGAAGGACAAACAUCAAGGACAAACAGAGAAAAAAGAGGACUCUCAUUCUAGUGAUCAAAACCCACAAUCUCAAGCAUCACCUUCUCCCCAACCCUCUGCACAGAUUCUCCCAACACACAGGCAGACCCCAGAAGUCAAGAGCUCUGCUCCAGGCAAAAGUUUGAAGAGAUUGUCAACAGUUGAAAAAUCACAAAGCACAUGGGAAAGUUCAGAAGACAGUCGUAAUAAAUUAAUAAGAGCAACUUCUGCAUCAAAAUUGAUACCCAAAAGUGGCAAGAAUGCAGAUAAACACAAAGAUGUGAUCGUCAGCCAAGAAGGCGAGUAUAUCAAGAUGUUCAUGCGGGGACGGCCCAUCACAAUGUUUCUUCCUUCAGAAGUUGACAAAUAUUACGAAAUCAAGACAGAGCUGCCCCCUGAGAAAUUAAAACUGGAGUGGGUAUAUGGUUAUCGUGGCAGGGACUGUCGAGCUAAUGUUUACCUCUUACCUACUGGAGAAAUAGUAUAUUUCAUAGCAUCUGUGGUAAUACUGUUUAAUUAUGAAGAGCGGACUCAGCGUCAUUACUUGGGUCAUACGGAUUGUGUUAAAUGCCUUGCAGUUCAUCCAGACAAAAUCAGGAUAGCAACUGGACAGCUAGCAGGAGUGGAUAAAGAUGGAAGACCUUUGCAGCCCCAUGUUAGAGUAUGGGAUUCAGUGAGCCUAAUGACUCUACAGGUUAUUGGACUUGGAACUUUUGAACGUGGAGUGGGAUGUCUGGAUUUUUCAAAAGCAGAUUCGGGUAUACAUUUGUGUGUGGUUGAUGAUUCUAAUGAACACAUGCUGACUGUUUGGGACUGGCAGAAGAAAUCAAAAGUAGCAGAGAUAAAGACUACAAAUGAAGUUGUCCUGGCCGUAGCUUUCCAUCCAACUGAUAAAGGUACGAUAAUAACAUCUGGCAAAUCUCAUAUCUUUUUCUGGACUUGGAAUACAAAUUCAUUAACAAGGAAACAAGGAAUAUUUGGGGUGUGUAUCAAAUCAGCAAACAAAUCAAAGCUCAUGAUGGCAGUGUGUUCACACUCUGCCAAAUGAGGAAUGGAAUGCUGCUAACUGGAGGUGGGAAGGAUAGAAAAAUCAUUUUGUGGGAUCAUGACUUGAAUGCUGAAAGGGAAAUAGAGGUUCCUGAUCAGUAUGGGACAAUAAGAGCUGUAGCAGAAGGCAAAGCUGAUCAAUUUAUUCUUGGGACAUCAAGAAAUUUUAUUUUGCGUGGAACAUUUAAUGAUGGUUUUCAAGUGGAAGUGCAGGGCCACACAGAUGAACUCUGGGGCCUGGGAACACAUCCGUUCAAAGACCUGUUUUUAACUUGUGCUCAAGAUCGUCAAGUUUGUAUGUGGAAUUCAGUGGACCACACUCUUGAAUGGACCAGGCUACUAGAUGAACCAGGACAUUGUGCUGACUUCCAUCCAAGUGGUACAGUGGUAGCGAUAGGAACACACUCAGGAAGGUGGUUUGUUUUGGAUGCUGAAACAAGAGAUUUGGUUUCAAUCCAUACAGAUGGCAACGAGCAGCUUUCUGUGAUGCGCUACACAGUAGAUGGCACCUUUCUUGCAGUGGGUUCUCACGACAACUUCAUUUACCUCUACAUAGUAACAGAAAAUGGAAGAAAGUACAGCAGAUAUGGAAAGUGCACUGGACAUUCCAGCUAUAUUACACAUCUUGAUUGGUCCCCAGAAAACAAAUACAUAAUGUCCAACUCAGGAGAUUAUGAAAUAUUAUACUGGGACAUUCCAAAUGGCUGUAAACUGAUAAGGAACCGCUCUGAUUGUAAGGACAUAGAUUGGACAACAUAUACUUGUGUGCUGGGGUUUCAGGUAUUUGGAGUGUGGCCAGAAGGAUCAGAUGGAACAGAUAUAAAUGCCCUUGUGAGGUCCCAUAAUAGGAAAGUGAUAGCUGUGGCUGAUGACUUUUGUAAAGUCCAUCUAUUUCAAUAUCCCUGUUCCAAAGCAAAGGCUCCAAGUCAUAAAUAUAGUGCCCAUAGUAGUCAUGUAACAAAUGUCAGUUUCUCUCAUAAUGAUAGUCAUUUAAUUUCAACUGGAGGCAAAGAUAUGAGUAUCAUUCAGUGGAGACUUGUUGAGAAAGCAACUUUGCCACAAAAUGAUACUGCUGUAGAAAUGGCCACAAACAAAGUGCCUAUAACUGCCAGAGACAGCUUUACACAUCCAAGCAUCCCUGUAUCCCUUAUUCAACCCUUGGAUGAACUGGCAGCCAGUGAAAAUUUAAUGGAUGGCUUUUCACCGUCCUUCGAGAGUGACGUGGAACAUACUGUGAAGACCAAUGAAGAGCAGAAUGAGGAGCAAAGUGAGGGAAGCAGUCUGGAUCCAGGAGAGCCAAAUUGUGAAGAACCAUCUAGUGAAAUGAGUGAGGAACCGAGUGAAUCCACUGUUAUCAAAGAUCAGCAGGAAAACUCUCCAGUGUCUUAUCAACUUGAAGCUCAAGAUGAUCUUUAGAUAGUUUCUCUCCGUGCACAUUGUUUUGUAAAAAAAAAAAAAAAAAAAGAGGGUUCAAGUAAGGAAGGGAAGCAGCUCUGACAUGGAGCACUCAAGUUUCUGUGGAAGGCUUGUUAGUUUGAUCUACUUCUAUUUGGAUUAUUGUAAGGACUCGUUUUGACAGUUCUAGUCAAGUGCUAAAUAGAAAACUAGAAUGUUAUCUUAGGUUAAAUAUAAUUCUGAAAUUGCUAUGAGAAAGAGGCAUGAUACAAAUAACUAAGGAAGAGUUCACUGAGAAAAGCAGGUAGAGAAUAUUGUGGGAAAGAACUAUAUUCAGAAGCAUUAGGUAAUAAUAUACCUGCUAUGUAAUGUAACCCUGAUGAAAACCCUUCAAGAAGCUCUCCUUUCUUUUUUUACAUUAAAAAGAGAAGGAGAGGAGAAUAACACAACACCAUAAUGGCACAUACAGUGCUGUGCUUACUGCCUUCUUGAUUAAUACCUAUGCAAUUUUCUAAAACUAGCAAAUCUUACUAGCCGCUACUUUGGUUGCUGAUUGUCCUAAGACAACUCAUAUUAAAGUAUACUUCUGUUUGUUCCAUGAUAAUAGAUCUUAAAAGAACCAAAUUAAGAUGGCAACUUCUGCUUAGUUUUCUACCCAAUGACUGCUAUACGUAAUUUCAAGGAACUACUUGCAUUGACAUAUUAAAAUUCAAGAACACCAACUGUGACUAUAAUGCAAACUGACUUAACUUCAUUAAGAUAAAUGUUUUAAUUCUCAAGUUCAAAUCUGACCUUCAGAUACAAUUAGUACUGUCAAUAAGAGAUUAAAUAUUAGAGAAAUAGCAUUAAGCUAUGAAAUCUAAUGCUUGGGAGUUAUGUAAUGAUUGAUUCAAUUACUUAAAAAAUUAGGAAUAACCUUAAAAUAAGGAAUUUUCACAUAGACUUUUUUACAGCCAUCUUUUUAAUAGCUGUAAUAUAAAUGCCCCAUUUUCUUGGAUAAUGUUGGCUAUUUUUGAAUUUUUUUUCUCUAUCUCUGUGUUUCUUUUUUCUAUUGUCCAAUUUUGUAAGCCGUGCAGCUCAGAGAUAGCUGGACCUGGCCAGUUAUGGGAUAUCAUGGCAUUUUAGUAUGUGAUAAAAAUACCUUUUUUUUAAAAAAAUGCAUCAGCUACAUUUUUUCUUAAAUACCUAGGUUUUCCUGUUUAAACGUUUGUUGAAAAACAUCCUACUUUAUAUUUUACUUACAUAGGAUUUUUUUAAAUUGUGCUGAUAUUUUAGACCUUAUUUAGAAGUUGUGUUUAGAAACCUUUGUUAAGUCUUAAGCGUGCAAGCGUUUACGUGAAUGUGCCAUUCCAAAGUGCAUCAGAACUGUCAUUCCCUUCUAUUAACUUCUCAGGAGUAAAUACUACAGAUCAGGUAUGUAAACUACACUAUUCAUCAGUGGAAACAUUAACAAUUGAUGUGGACUCCCAAGGAACAUAAAGACUGUCACAUACAGAUACAUACAGGUGCACAUACAUCUUUGUUUACAUCCAUUCCGGAAAACCUCAACAUAAUUAUCUUCAGAAACCACGAUGUGAAUUCCAAGCAACUGCUCUCUUUUGCUUUAUCUAAAAAGCUGUACUGUUAAAUGCUCCAGUGUAUGAUUGGCCACUUUGCCAAAUAGUCCCUGUGGGCAAUACGAAUACAAAUACUGCAUCAAGAUAAUGGAUUCCUUUGGAAAAGAGGCAUCUAUCUGCAAAGGAGGAGGCCCAUUUUCAGUGAUGUACAAUUUCUGGUCUGCUUCAGUGAGUUCUAUAACCACCCAUAAUAGAUGGAGGAAAAGAGGGAGAAAGGGGAUUCAUUAAACAUUCUCCCCCAUUUUUUUGUUCUACUCUAUUCUACAGGGAGAGAUUAACUGAAUAAUGCAGCUUUUAAAAACAUAGUAAGGUAAAAUAGCUCUAGUAAUUUUAGUUAACAUGACAUGGAUUGUAGAACUUAUCCUCAGUGAGUAACACAAAAACAGAGCAUUUUGUUUGGAUUUAUCUAUUAUCUUGAGGUUGCCAUAUAAAGUGAGAAUUAGUUGUGAUUUUCCUCAUGUUAUAGAUUAACAGAUUUUUUUAAUGCCAAAAAAAAGAGAAAAGGAAAAAAAAGCCUUACAAUUUUUGAUUGCUGGCAACUACUGUUCAAUAAAUAAUUAAAUCUGUGAUAAUAGAAAUGGGUGGGAUUAUGUUAACUGUAAAUGUUUUAGGGUAAAAUUGUGAAUGAAAUAUGAUUUGAGUGUGUCAUGUGAAGAUGUUUGAGCCAUUCUGUCUAUCAUGCAUUCCUGUCUCAUGGCAGAAAAAUCUGAAGAUUUAAAAUAAUAAUAAAAAUACAAGAAUCAACUUAA